GACGCUAGAGGUUCUCGAUUAGUCAGAGGGAUUGAGUGUUCCGGCCGCGACGGGACUUUGCUCAGUGCAGGCAGUAAGCGGAAGGAGUGACCCGGAGGCCGUAGCUUAUUUCGAGAGCGAUGAGCUGGUUAAUGUUCAGUCGCACGGCGGGGCCCAGGGCGCUUCCUGCUCUCCUCUCCUUGCACCCUUAUAUUGUCGUUCGUACGCCGUCUUCAGAAAUGGCUUCACAGAGCCAGUGGUUAACUCCAGAAGAAAGGGAACAACUUCUCCCAGAAUUAAAAGCAGCAGGGUGGGAAGAUGUUGAAGACAGAGAUGCACUUUUUAAAGAAUUUUCAUUCAAGAACUUUAACCAGGCCUUUGGGUUUAUGACACGUGUGGCUUUACAAGCAGAGAAAAUGAAUCAUCACCCUGAAUGGUUCAAUGUAUACCAUAAGGUUCAGAUCACUCUUCUAACACAUGACUGUGGUGGUCUCUCCAAAAAAGAUGUCAAACUGGCAAAGUUCAUCGAACAAGCAGCUGCUUCACUAAAUUAGUUAUUUUUUUAAAUGCCUUUUUUCUUUUGGGGGAGAAAAUGGGUUUGCAUAAAAUGUAAUGCGUUUAAGCUCAUGGUGAAGAUAUUAAACAUUCAGAAUGAGGCCAAUAAUGGAAUGUGUGAUCCCUACUUCAAAUCGACUAUUUCUUCAAAAAUUAAGGUCAUGAUUGCUAAAAGGAGAAAUGUAGUGAAGAGUAAGUUAUUUUAGAACUCUGAACCCCUCAGAUCACGAACAUUACUUUUAAUAAAUCUACAAUUUGAAUGCAGCAGCGUAAAAUGAUUAGACUUGUACCUGGAAUGUUGCUGAGGAAGUACUCGCAUGUUAUAAAAACAUUAAAUGCUGGAAACACUCAGCAGAUUAGGCAGCAUCUGAAGAAAGAGAAACCGAGUCAAUGUUUCAGGUCAGGGAUGCUUCAUCCAACUUUGUUUCUCUUUUCACAGAUGCAGUCCGACCUGCUGCAUGUUUUCCACAUUUUGUGUUUUCAUUUCAGAUUUCCAGAAUCUGCUGUUUUUUAUUGAUUUUGUUUUGUUUACUCAUGUGUUAUAUCCAUUGGGUUUGGUUUGUACAAUACUGGGAAUAAUAAAGACCAAAUAGAAUAUC